AUGCAAUCAAAGGAGUCUUGCACGGACCAAAGCCCGCGGGCCAAAGAGUUUCUUGACCGAUAUCCUGAGUAUGCAUCGACAACGCUACUAGACGACUUGCGAGCCACGGAAUACUCUUUCCUCGAUGAAAACAACCACAUAUACCUAGACUACACUGGCGCCGGCUUGGCUGCCCACUCGCAGCACGAAGCGCACCGCCAGCGGUUGCGGCAUGGGGCGUUUGGAAACCCCCAUUCCGUCAACCCGACCAGCCAGGCAACCACAGACCUGGUGGAGGAGACCAGAAGCAGAAUACUGCGCUACUUUUCCGCAUCGGCAGACGAGUACACCGUCAUCUUCACCCCGAACGCGACCGGCGCGGCGCGGCUCGUCGGCGAGUCGUACCCCUGGCGUCGCGGCGCCCGGCUGGUGCUGACGGCCGAUAAUCACAACUCGCUCAACGGCCUGCGCGAGUUUGCCCGGCGCGGAAACUCCCGCACGGUGUACGUGCCCGUCGACGGUGACGAGCUUCGCACCUGGGAGGCGGACGUCGUGGCCGCGUUAGAGGGGUCCCGCUGCUCCCCGGCCGACUGGCUCGCGGCGAAGGGGUUCGCCGGCGGCGCGCGAGGGCGCCGGCGGGGCCUCUUCGCGUACCCGGCGCAGAGCAACUUCACCGGCGUGCGGCACCCGCUGUCGUGGGUGGGCCUCGCGCAGGACCGCGGGUACGACGUGCUACUAGACGCGGCCGCGUACCUGCCCACGGCGACGCUGGACCUGUCAUCGUCGUCAGGAGGGCCGCGGCCGGACUUCGUCACGGUCAGCUGGUACAAGGUGUUCGGGGCGCCGACGGGGGUCGGGUGCCUGGUGGCGCGGCGGGAGGCGCUGGCGCGGCUGCGCAGGCCGUGGUUUGCGGGCGGCACGGUGCGGGCGGCGACGACGGGCAGCGGCCGCCGUGCGUGGCACGUCCCGGAGGACGGCGCGGCGGCGUUCGAGGACGGCACGGUGGACUUUUUGUCGAUCCCGGACGUGGCGGUCGGGCUGGACUGGGUCGCGCGCGUGGGCGGGCCGGACGUGGUGGCGACGCGGGUGCGCUGCCUGACGGGGUGGCUGCUGGACGAGCUCCGGGCGCUGAGGCACGGUGACGGAGGGGGCGGGAUGGUGGUGGUCUACGGGCCGGUUGGGGUGUGGGGCCGCGGCGGCACGGUGUGCUUCAACGUACUCGAUAGGGACGGCGUCGUCUUCGACGAGCGACUCGUGGCGGCCGAGUCGUCGGCGGCCGGCAUCUCGCUGCGCACGGGGUGCUUUUGCAACCCAGGGGCCGGCGCGGCGGCGCUCGGCAUCACGCCGGCCGUGCUCGACCGCGUGGGGAGGGCCCGCGCCGAGUCGAACGGGGACUUGGAAGGUGCGCUGGACGGUCUCGGCCUGACCAUCGGGGCCAUCCGCGUAUCGCUUGGCAUCGCGUCCGUCUUGGCGGACGUGGAGGCCUUGGUGGCGUUUGUGGAGGCGACCUACCGGGACAGGGUUGCGACGACGAAGAACCUGCCGCCGCGUGGGAAAUGCUGA